AUGAUCGAUCAGACAUUGUUCAUCAAACGUGUUGACAAGGACAUUAUCCUUGUUCAAAUAUACGUUGACGACAUCAUCUUCGGAUCGACUAAUGAUGCACUUUGCAAGGAAUUUGAAGAAGUCAUGAAGAAAAAGUUUGAGAUGAGCUCUUUAGGAGAAAUGACGAUGUUUAUGGGCCUGCAAGUCCGUCAGAACAACCAAGGAAUCUUAAUUCACCAAAGUAAAUAUGUAACCGACGUUCUUGCAAAGUUUAGCAUGACAGACUCGAAGCCAAGUGACUCCCCAAUUGCAGAGCGACCGUUGUUGACUGAGGAUCCAGAGGGAAGUCCUGUCAAUCAGACGUUGUAUUGCUCGAUGAUCAGCUCACUAAUAUAUCUGACUGCAAGUCGGCCAGACAUUCUGUACGCCGUGUGUCAGUGUGCUCGUUAUCAGGCUAACCCUAAACUCACUCAUCUAACUGUUGUUAAAAGAAUUUUCAGAUAUUUGAAGGGAGCUCCUAAACUCGGACUCUGGUAUCCUAGAGAUUCGAACUUUGAUCUGUUUGCCUUUUCAGAUAGCAAUUUUGGAGGAAUUGAUAGGGAUAGGAAGUCUACAUCAGCUGGAUGCCAAUUCUUUGGAGACAGACUCAUUUUUUGGCAAUGCAAGAAGCAGCAGACAGUAUCUCUCUCCACAGCGGAAACGGAGUACGCUGCAGCAUCUGCAUGCUGCUCCCAGGUUCUUUGGAUGCAACAUCAGCUGCAAGAUUACGGUUUGACUUAUCUUGAUACAACCAUUUAUUGUGAUAACGAUGCCGCCAUCCAUAUCACUAAAACCCCUGUUUUUCACUCCAAAACCAAGCACAUUGACAUUAAAAUUCACUUCAUAAGAGAUUGCUUUGAUAGAGGUCUUAUUAAACUUGAACAGAUCCAUACUGAUGCUAACACAGCGGAUCUUUCUACCAAACCUGUCAGCAUCUCUAGGUUCAAUGUGCUUGUAGACCUCUUGAAAAUGAUUCGCUUCACCGACUGA